AUGACGCCAGCAGGCUCUCAGUUUUCGAUAGACAGCCUCGUCGUGGAAGGGCCAGACGACGUGUCCCUUCUUCACACUUCCCAUCGUGACGAUGUGGCCGACGUGUUCUGCUCGUGUCUGGAAGUUUUCCUCAGUAGUGAACCCAUUAUGAUAAACACAGUCAAACCAAGCACGUCACACACCACAGGGUUAUACACACCUGCCAAGUCAUCCAGGACCGCCUCUUCCGUGAGCAUCAACCUCAACGAAGACACUGAGCUCUCCCCAGAGAGCGGAGAGCAUGGCACCUCAUCUUUCGAUGCAAAUUACAUGGAAAGCAAAGCUCAAUUCUACGAGCAGACGGCUACCAUUCUGGACGUCUCGGACCAGCGUGUGAAUUUCAUCAACACCCCCAGUGUACUGUCUAUGGUCAGCGGCCACGCUCCGCAUGCAGAUCACCUACUCGGGGAGAGAUACCCGGACCACAUCAUUGAAGACGGUUACCACCAGUUCGACAACGACAGCAGUCUGGAAAGCGGGAGCACCAGCGUGGCUACUCCUUCUGGCAGCAGUCCCUGUUCCUCAAAUUGCGAGUGCAGCCCCAUCCUAGAGACGGCACGGUUCCAGACGACGGGCACCGAUACGUCGACAACCUCCAUCUCCCAGUUGCUGUCCCUGUCUGCCAGCAAGCAUGGCUUUAGCGGGGCCGAACCGGGGAGGCAGCAGACGGACAAAAAAACUCGUCUGAAACUAAACGGUUUCCCGCCCUGGACUUGGCUCAAGAAAGCUGUGCGACGACAACUUCAAGCCAUUUGCGGCCGCAAGCGGGGUAAGAAGGCCAAGCAGGCGAGCAAAGGACCAAGCAGGUUUCUUCGGUCAAGUGAAGACUCCUUGGGGAGCGGACCGCUUUGUGAAGAGUCUUUGGAGGACGAUGGUGUUGAUCUGUUUGGCCUGGAGUCCCCAAGAAGACCGAAGACGGCUGCCAGCGGUCGUCCCUGCCUUCAGAUCAGAGGUCAAGGGGACGAAGGUGUGGAUGACAACAUCAGCUCCGACGAAUUUUACAUGUCCAAGUGGAAUCUAAAGGGGAUGUACCAACGCUUCAUGUCCUACGCGCACAACGUCUGGUGUUGCAGGUCCUAG